AUGUCCAGCACACCUUCCCCAGAAGACUUUGGCUUAACUCCCAAUACUCCUGUCCAUAAAUACCAAGAUGUGCAUCAUUUCUCUGAAAUGGUCUUUCGUGAGUUCAAACUUCUCCAAUCUCGCCAGGACAGCAGUCAGUACGUUAUUUUCACCGACCUCGAUCAAGAACGAUUCUCUCGCGAUUUCCAAGAUCAUACGGAUGCUCUCGCUAUCGAAUCAUAUUUCCCUCGGCUGCAAAUCCUCAUGGCGAAAAUUGAAACGGUUACUCACGCUAAUGCCGCUGACGACUUCGGGAUUAUGUUUAUGGAAAAGCCAUGUCUAAUGAAGAUCGAUCGGAGGCAGCUCAUAAAAAUAUCGACGGCUAGUAUCGAGACAGACGAGCGUAGCAAGAGGGCGGACAGAGCUUACAAACCACGGCGUCUUCCAAAAUAUCGAGACCAACGAUGGCCUACCCUUGUGGUUGAAGUCGGGUAUACGGAAGUAAGGCGAAAGCUGGCGAACGACACUCGAUGGUGGCUUACAGCAUCCAAUGGAGAUGUCAAAACUGUUGUCACAAUCUCAAUUAAUCAGAAAUACCGAGAGAUUACCUUUGAGAAAUGGGGGCCGAACACUGAAGCGCCGGAACAACCGGUGGUGCUACAAAGCAUUCAGGUGCAGCAAGAUGCAGAUCUACAGCAUAUCAAGAUCUCCGGUAAAUGUCCUCUGGUACUCAGCUUCGAAGCUAUUUUCCUCCGCCAUCCACAAACCGCUUGCGAGACCGAUAUCGAGUUUAGCCAGGAUGAACUCGAAAAGUUUGCAGUCGACACCUGGGAUGUUCAAGCAGUCUUCUCGCAAACAUUCUCUCGUAAUACAUCCCCCGAGUUUAUCGCCGCUAACUGUGGGAUUCGUGCAAGUAAUCUCUGUUUGCGUGCGACUCCUCCCCCCAACGCCUAG